UUGGAUAAAGCCAGGGAUCGCCUGUAGAAUUCUGCAAUCAUGGAAUUGACAGCACCUCGCUUUCUUCUAGCCGCAAUACCAGCCUUUCUAUUCGUUCUCGUCACGAUUCCAUCAGCGUCAGAAGCUCAGAGAAUUGUCUCGUUCCCGUCCAUCACGUCCGGAGAAGAGACUAGUAAGGACUUCCCCAGGAGGAAGGAGCUCCUUCAGGCGCUAGAUUUCCUGGAGGAAUACGGACGCGGUAGAGAAAACGACUGGAAUGACGGCGGGGAAUUACAGCUCGACGACGGUGCUUUUUACGGGGAUAAUGACGACCAAACUGACAUCCUCUACCCUGAUGCAAAUGAGAUAUACCCGGCUCUAGAUUUCGCUGACAAUUUAAGACAGCCGGACAAGGUUUCGGUUGAAGAAGUUGACAAUGAAAUUGACGACUUCCCGUGGAUGGGGGAAGACGAGAGGUACGCCGGGCAGAAGCUUACAGAGGAGCAAGAGCGUCUUGAAGACAUGCUGCAUAACUAUGAUUACGAGGAGCUUCUUAUGAUCGCAGAGCAGGAGGAGGAGAUCGAGGAGGAUGAGGCGCUCAGAGACGCCCUGGAGAAGGAAGAGGAAGACAUCUUGGACGUCGUUGAAGAAGAGAUGGAAUACAUCGCCGUGGAUAACAUCCUGGAGGAUAUAUGGGCUGAGGAGGAGCUACAAAAAGAUGCUGAGGAUCAACUGAAGUGGUUGCUACAAGAGGAAGAGGAGAAGGAGUUUAGAGAUGAAGAAGAUCCUUUCGAGUACUUCUAUCCCGACGAAGCGGCAGAGCCUAGCGACAUCGAUGACGUGAUGGGGCAAGAUGACACUUUCCCCAGGGACGUGGACGAGGGAAUGGAGUCAGCCUACGCGGACUAUUCCGAGGGUAUCUCCAUAGAUUACACGGGAGAGUCCUUCGACGAAGAGGAGGAGGAGGAGGAGGAGGAAGGUGAAGAGCUACUUGAGGAGGCUGCUGAGAUCUUGGAUCUCGCUGAGCAAGGAUAUGAAGAGGAUAAUGACGAGAAGAAACUGUUAGCGGAGCAACUGCUGCAGGAUAUCAUCGGUAAACUGACUGAAGAUGAUGUAGGCCAGGAAGAGGAUUACGCACCUAGUUAUGCAGGGGAGUUGGAGGAGGAGGAGGAGGAGGAGGAGGAGGAGUCUAUUCUGGAUGCAGGAAUGGUUGAUGAGGAAAUUGAAUAUGACGCUCGGGAGAAAGAAGAAGAAGUGUACGACGACCUGUUAGAAUUAGUGGAUCAAGAGAUCGACAAGGUCAUCGAAAACAUCGCCGAUGACAUCAUGCUAGAGCUGGAGGAUGAGGAGAAGGAGUUGUUAGAGACCGGUGACUCGUUGGAGGAAGCUGAAGCAGGAGACUACGAGGGUGAAGAGUUAGACGGCACGAGCUUGGAGACUAGCGUAGCCGAAGAGGAGGAGAGUGUGGAUGAGACGUCAGAGGGUUCAGUGUUUGAUUUAGAUGAAGGUGAAGAGUGCCCAUCCCUGCAAUACUUUAUCGACGACUGUAACAUAGUUAACAACUACGCCGAUCUUGGGGCGGACGGAUAUAAGGAUCUAUUUACUGGGGCGUGUAACCGCCACCAACUGUGCUAUACAUGUGGAAGUUACUACGACGUAGAUGCAAAGCUCUGCGACGAGCUCUUUAAAGCUGAAAUUCUGUCUCGGUGUCCAUCGAAAGACACCGACUGCAAACAACGAGCUAAAUAUUUCUGGCUGGUGGCGAGAAACAACAGAAUCCACGUUCCGGACUCGCCGUCUGUAUGCGGAGAUCCCUGCUUGCUCGAGUUCCUCGUGGAGGUUUAAUAAAGAUGCAAACAUUAAACUUAUAGCCGGCUCAUAUCACCCAGAAGAAACGCUUGACGUUUCUACCAACAUCUCUACCACAGCAAGGUUGUGGCGUCAUUUGCAGCUUUCACAUCGAAGGAAAAGUAACACAAUGACCACUAUUAGCAACGUUCUUAUAUUGGUAUAUAGUUAAACUUUCUAAAAUGUUUUCCCAUAUUUUAUAUUUCAUGACAAACAAAAUAUAUUCGUUUCGAUGUUCAGCCUUCCAGAGAAGAAACUGGGGCCUUGCUUGGGUGACGGCGACGUCAUCAGAUUUAUGACUUCAUCGGGUCGAUGACAUUCUUAUAACAUGUUGAAUGCUCUAAGCAUAUUUGCAUGUGACACUGGGUGUGGUUAAUGGCUAUUGUUAGUGUGCUUUGUGAAUAAUUGUUUGAGAGAGAGAAAACUAAAUAAUAAUAUAUAAAUUCAAAACGGUGCAAUCAACAGGUCACAUUUUACCGAAAAAUGUGAAUUUGUAAUAAUAGAUUUGAAAGAAGCAUUCCAUGAUUAUAUCAUAAGCCUUAUGAAUAAAAUAAAACAAUGUGGAAUUUGGUUAAGGAAUGCAGACAAAUGGGUGGUCUUUAUAAUACCAGACAAAUAGCGCCCUCAAGCUUGUAACAUUUUGAAAUUUGUGAACGGGGAAUUGACAGCAUUCUUGGGCGGGGAGUUGGAAGGGGCUGCGUUCCUAAUUGAACUGUAAUUCGCAAUUGGGUAAGUUUUUAACUCAUCAAUGAAGUACAAAUUGUUGGUGACUUGAUUUUCUCUUUCAUUCAUGUAACAGUAUUUAUAAUAAUACCAAAGGUUCGUUGGAUGUGCAAUAUUGAUACAUUUAUUUUACUCUGCGAGUUUUAAAUUAAGGUUUCAUGUGAUUUCAGUCUUAAAGAUUCUCCUAUAUUAAUAUUAUUAUAUUAAGCAAGAUGUUGUUAAGGAUGUAUUCAUAUUUUGGUGGAAAUCUUGCCAUAUUUAUUCAGAUGUUUAUAGAUAAUUGUGACGAUUUUGUCCGUUGUGUAUGUUGUUUAUAAUACAACCCUUUUAUGUCACAGCCUUGAGUAUUAUAAUUGCACCGCUUAUCACCUUUAAAUAAAGGGUAGGCCUAGUCUUUGAAUGUCGAUUUAGGAGAUGGUUAAUAAUAAGAAGAAGCAAUCUCGGCAAGAAAACAAUUGUUGAAUCAGUGUUAAAAUGCCGAGCCAAGUAGCGGCCAUCUUUGUUUGGUAUCCCGUAGUACACGAUACUU